AUGCGCCUUCUCGCCCUCCCAGCAGUCCUCUCCACGUUGGCGUUCACAGCCAUCGCCGCUCCAGGGAAAUCGGAAUCGAAGAAACCUCUUCCAUUACUCAUCUGGCACGGUCUCGGCGACCGCCACGACGCAGACGGACUCCAUUCCGUCGGCGACCUCGUCAACGAAAUCCACCCCGAUACCUACGUCUACUACAUCCGCCUGAACGACAAGGGCGAUGAAGAUCGCAAAGCGACCUUCUUCGGGAACGUCAACGACCAGAUCGACCAAGUCUGCUCCACUAUGAAAGAACAGAAAGAACUGCUCGACGAGGCUGGAAUCGUAAGAGCGGACGCGUUGGGAUUCUCGCAGGGCGGACAAUUCCUCCGCGGGCUUGUGCAGAGAUGUGACGGGUUGCGCGUGCGGACGCUCAUGACGUUCGGCAGUCAGCAUAAUGGGAUUUCCGACGUGCAGGAAUGCGGGACGUGGGAUCUCCUCUGCAAAGGAGCGGUGGCGUUGAUGCGGGGGAAUAUCUGGACGGAAUGGGUCCAGACGAACGUCGUGCCUGCACAGUACUACAGGACUCUGGAUUGGGAAACCGGCGAGCUCACGGAGGAAUAUCUGGAAAAGAGCAAUUUCCUCGCGGAUAUUAAUAAUGAGCGAGAAGGGAAGGAGAAGAAGAACGAGACGUAUAAAUCCCGCCUUUCGGCUCUGGAGAUGUUGGCCCUGUUUGUUUUUGAGGAAGAUAAAACUGUGAUUCCCCGGGAGACGGGUUGGUUUGCGGAAGUCAAUGAUACGGAUUCGGAAGAUCGGCACGUUAUUCCUUUGAGGGAGAGGGCUGUUUAUGUGGAAGAUUGGCUGGGUUUGAGGGCGUUGGAUGAGAAGAGGGGGUUGGCUUGUAUGAGUACGCCGGGAGAUCAUAUGCAGCUUGAUGAUCGGGUCAUGAGGGAGGCGUUUGAUUUGUAUUUUGGACCGGAGAGGAAGUCUGCUCCCGGGCCGUGGAAGGGGAAGGGCAGGACUGAUGGGUGUGGGUUUACGUUGGAUGGAGAGAAGUAUGCUGGCGCAGGGCAGGUCCAGGUGCCCUUCAAGCAAGGUCUGUAG